AUGUCGCAGGCUUUAGAUGACAUGGGGUCCUUGAUUUUGCUAUUCAAACGCUGCCACGGAUGGAAGUCUCUUCCGGUUGUCAUGCUGCACUAUUUUUGUGUCGCAGGGGUUCACUCAGUGUCGAAGCUGAAUGCUCAUGAACCGAAGUGGAGCUAUAUCCUGGAGGACUGUGUGGUGGGCCUUUGGCACAUGAGUCUGGGGUGGGGUCGUUUAUGUACAGCCUUCCUCCGGACGAUCGAACUGGUUUUGAAGCAGAACAAUCCGGACCCGUCCCUCGUGCCUUCCAGGGUCGUCGAGAUAUUCAGGAAACUAAACGAGGGCGCUUUGUGGACGGUGACAGACAUCUCAUCCCUAGCGGCCGAUUAUGUGGUUUACACGGCCACCCAAUCGGACUCAAGUUCGAGUCCAUCGUCGGCUUACCGGUACCAAGGCUUGCAGGAUCUUAUCAAUGACAUGGAUAACCUCUCUAUCAAUCUAAGCUCCGAAUCACCGGAGUCCCUCUCAUCUGUCAAGGAGCCCUACGAUUCCCGCAGUUCCGAAGAUCCUGACAUUCGAAAGACCUGA